AUGGCUCCCGCAGUGGAUCAAAGGCGACCCACUGGCGGGCGGGGGAUCCUGGGCCUUGGGACCAUCGGAUUAGCUUACGUGGCUAUGGAAUUCCUGCGAGGCCGAACCAACUGGCUUCCGCAAAGUCUCGCGUCGCAGCUGCAGCCCGGUCUGUGGGGCGUCUUGGCGAUUCUCGCGCUUUUCGAGGCUCCGCGUUUCCGGCAUUUCGCGGAAGAGUUUCGCGCGGCUCCCAAGUUUUUCGCGAGCGUGCUUUUCAUGGUGGCGAUGUUCGCCGUGGAAGUCGUUAUGGUCCAGUUCGUUACAGUAGUGGUCGGCAUUGACUGGCACAAUGCCACCCCUCCUCUCCCUGACACGGGCCAGUGGCUCCUCCUCGCUCUCAACAACCACCUCCCCGCGCCCCUCACCGCGCUCCUCCGCGCCCGCCUCGUCGAGAUGCACGAUUUCCUCAUGCUCUUCAUGCUGCUCGCCUUCUCCGUCCUCUUCAACUGCAUCCCUCCCCCCGGAAUCGGGCUCGGCGCGCGCUACUGCUUCACCAUAGCUAUCUCCCGCUUGCUCCGGUUCCUAACCUUCGCGUCCACGAUCCUCCCGGCGGUUCGGCCGUGGUGCGCCGUGGUUAGGUUCGGGAGCACGAGCCCGAGGCACCCGCACCCCUGGGCGCAGAAAUACUUUGUGCCGUAUGCCACAAAUCACGAUCUGCUUCACCAAGUUAUCUCCACUGACGUGGCAUUUGCCCCCCAGGUGCACUACCCACCUGAGUAUCAACCUGAAUGGGGCGUUUUUCAAAUUCUGGUGGACUUUCUGCGCCCUAUGGACGCCCGCGCUCACCACGGCGCCGCUGCCACCUCUGGUGCCUUCAGCAGCUUCGUCAUCCGCCCCUACGGCGGCUGCAACGACCUUGCAUUCAGCGGGCACAUUAUUGUCGCAGCCCUCACUGCUUGCGCCUGGCAGGAGGCCUUUCCCGGCUGGGCUUCGGCCAUGGUCUGGGGGCUUGUGUUUCACUCCGCGCAAAGAGAGGUUCGGGAGCGGCAGCAUUACUCGGUCGAUGUGGUUAUCGCGCUGUAUCUUGCGCCGCUGCUGUGGCGUACCACCAGGUUUCUCUGGUCCCGCCCUCCGCCUCCGCCCACAAGGAGGGAGGCUUUUGGGGCGGCGCUUGGUGAGCGGGAAGCGGCGCUUACGAAAGCGCUGAAGGAUGGGGAUCUGGGUGCUGUGAGGGAGGCUGUGGGAGAUGCCGUGGAGGAAGCGGAAGCAGUUGUUUCAGGCGGUGUCAAGGGGAAGAUUGCUGGUGAUAAAGCUGGGAGGGAUGCACAGACUAACAGAUUGCUGUUGCCAUUUGGUAUCGAGUUCGUCUGCACGCGAACGGACUGGCUUCCCCCGCACGUCGCGUCGAAAUUCCCGUUGGCUCUAUGGGCUUUCCUCGGGAUUCUUGGCGUCGUCCAGAGCCAGCGGUACCGCCAUUUCGCGGGGGAGUUUCGGAACGUGCCCAAGUUCCUGGCGUGCGUUGGGUUCAUGCUGCUUGCUUUCGUCGUGGAGGUGAUUGCGGUGCAAUUCGUCACCGUCGUUCUCGGCCUCGACUGGCACAAAACCGUCACCCCUCUCCCUGAUACGGGCCAGUGGAUCCUUCUCGGUCUGAACGACCGCCUCCCCGCGCCCCUCACGGCGCUCCUCCGCGCGCCGAUCGUGGAAAUGCACGAUUUCAUCAUGCUCUUCAUGCUCCUCGCCUUCUCCGUUCUCGCCGGCGCGAUUCCCGGCCCGGGUAUGGCGCUGGGCUCACGCUACGUCUUCACCAUCGGACUAAGCAGAAUCCUGCGGGUUGCCACGUUUGUAUCCACGAUUCUGCCCGCGCCGCGGCCGUGGUGUGCGGAGUCGCGGUUUGGUGACACGUGUCCCCGGCACCCGCACCCCUGGGCAGCAAAAUAUCUGACGCCGUAUAAUGAUAAUCCGGACUUGCUGCACCAGCUGAUUUCCACGGAUACUGCUUUUGCCCCUCAGAUGAGCUAUCCGCCGGAGUUUCGCCCUGACUGGGGCUCGCUGCAAUUUCUGGUGGACUUCCUGCGUCCCAUGGACGCCCGUGUUCAUGACGGCGCUGCCGCCUCGUCUGGUGCAUUCAGCAGCUUUGUCGUCCGCCCCUAUGGUGGCUGCAACGACCUUGCCUUCAGUGGUCAUAUCGUUGUUGCUGCGCUCACGGCUUGCGCCUGGCAGGAGGCGUACCCAGGAUGGGGAUCUGCCCUGGUGUGGAUGCUGGUGAUGCAUGCCGCCCAAAGGGACAUCCGAGAGAGAUCGCACUACUCAGUUGAUGUCAUUAUCGCUCUCUACCUCGCUCCACUCCUCUGGCAAACCACCCGGUUCCUUUGGUCCAGGCCCGCUCCCCCUCCGUCCCGAAAAAAGCUUAUGGGAUCGGCUCUUGCUGAUAGAGAGGCUGAGCUGGUUAAGGCUGUCAAGGAGGGGGAUCUUGAUAGGGUGAAAUGGACGGUUGAGAUGGCGCGGCGUGAGGUGGAUGCGAAGGAAAAGGGGGGAGAGGUGGAGGGGGGUGUGGAAGCGGGGAACGUGGAGAGGGGCACCGUUAUGCAGCGGUAUGUGGUUCACCUCGGAACUGUGCUGAUUUUGACCAUGUUGGGGGUGGUGCUGGUGGCGAUUCUGGUGUCGGAUGAAGGCCAUAAGGCUGUUCUUGAAAAGAAGUAG